UGUUUUCUAAACUGUAGUAUUUUCAUUUCAGGUCAUCAUAUUGGUGAGAUGGCAGACACAGAAGCUGAAGACUCAAGUAUGGCAUCUUUAGAUGAGGAUGGAAUUACAAAUGUACUUAAUCAGUAUAAAGUGGACGAUCGUGUAGAAGAUGAAUAUUUUUCAAGCUACGAAGAUGUUGAGAUUCACAGGCUUAUGAUUAGUGACCAUCCCAGGACAUCAUCGUAUGCUGAUGCUAUCAGGAAAAACAAACAUUUGUUCAGAGGAAAAGUAGUUAUGGAUGUUGGCGCAGGCACUGGUAUCCUUUCGUUAUUCAUGGCUGCAGCUGGAGCAAGGAAAGUUUAUGCAGUAGAAGCUAGCGGCAUGGCAGCUAUAAUUGAGAGAGUGGCUCAUGAUAAUGGAUUCAGUGAUGUCAUCAAGGUCUUUCCUGAUAAAGUAGAAAACAUUUCAUUGAAAGAGAAUGAAAAAGUUGAUGUUUUGGUUUCAGAAUGGAUGGGAUUUUACUUGCUACAUGAAUCCAUGUUGAACUCUGUCAUUACAGCUCGUGAUAAAUUUCUAUCAGAUAAUGGCACCAUUUUUCCUUCUGAAGCUAGAUUGUAUGCUUGCCCAUGUUCUUUACAAGCCCUGUAUAAAGAACAGAUAAAUUUUUGGAAUAAUGUUUAUAAUUUUGAUAUGUCUGCGGUUAAAGACGUUGCUCUUAAAUCCAAAAUGAAGAAACCUGAGGUAUGCCUAGUCCCAAAGUCUGACCUCUUAGCAGAGCCAUCUUGUGUCAAGACUUUUAAUCUCAGGUGGGUCACUGGAGAAGAGGUCAAGUCAUUUACAGAAACGUCCUUUGUUGGAAUCACAAGGGCUGGUUUGUAUCAAGGUUUAUGUCUUUGGUUUGAAUGUGAUUUUGAUGGACGUGAGUAUGAUGAAGAGGGAAAGGAGAAAGGCCGCCUUGUCACACUUUCUACAUCUCCCUCCAGUCCUCCAACUCACUGGAAGCAGACAGUAGUAGUGUUAGGGUACGGAGCCGAUUUGACUAACAAUCAAUUUGAUCAAAGUUGUCAGAGUGAAGCUUCAAAUAGUGAAGAUAGUAGUACUCCCAAACAGUCAGAAAGUGAGGAAACUAACUGUAAACCAGGACCAAGUCAGUGCAGAGAUUCUCCAUCCAUAGGUUGUAAAGAAAAGGCUUUGGGUACAAAAGAUAAAAUUCAGGAAAGCAGUUAUCGGAAGGAAGAACUUUUGGUACAGAAGGAUUACGAAGUAGAUGAAGACGAAGUAGUUGGGUGGAGAUUAAUAUUUGCUCAGAGCAAAGAAAAUAUUCGCCAUUACACAAUGACUGUUGAAAUGUUAGACCCAGAAACUGAAGAGCACCCAAUUCCAUGUGCUUGCCCAAUGCCUCGUUGUAUGAUCAUUGCUAAAAUGAUGGAGAGUGAAACAGAAGGAGAUGAUGCCAUUGACUGUACUUGAUUUGUGAUUACAAAUUUUUCUUGAUGAGAAAGAAUCUUGAUGUAAAUUGAAGCAGCUGAAAGGGAAUGAUUUAGCUAACUGUUUUAUGUAACCUGUAAAAACUUUGAUUUCAAAUGCAAACCUUUCAUGUUACCGCUUUGUUUAAUUAUGUCAUUCAUUUUAUCACUGAAAAGCCAUUGCUUUAUGACUGUUCAGGUACACCAGCAACCUUGCCAGACAUGUUGAAAAA